AUGUUUCGAAUUCUUUCUUCUUCGGAUAUUUCGAAGUCAGUUCUUUCUUCUUUGGAUAUUUCGAAGUCAGUUCUUUCUUCUUUGGAUAUUUCGAAGUCAGUUCUUUCUUCUUCGGAUAUUCCGAAGUCAUCAGUUCUUUCUUCUUCUGAUAUUUCGAAUUCAGUUCUUUCUUCUUUGGAUAUUUCGAAGUCAGUUCUUUCUUCUUCGGAUAUUUCGAAGUCAGUUCUUUCUUCUUCGGAUAUUUCGAAGUCAGUUCUUUCUUCUUCGGAUAUUCCGAAGUCAGUUCUUUCUUCUUCGGAUAUUUCGAAGUCAGUUCUUUCUUCUUCGGAUAUUCCGAAGUCAGUUCUUUCUUCUUCGGAUAUUUCGAAGUCAGUUCUUUCUUCUUCGGAUAUUCCGAAGUCAGUUCUUUCUUCUUCGGAUAUUUCGAAGUCAGUUCUUUCUUCUUCGGAUAUUUCGAACAGACGAGACCUGGUUUGA